CUUCUAUCUUCCGUCUAUAUGGUAAUCUGUGACUCCUUUCCAUCAUGUCCAUGGCAAUCAUUUGACCAUGGGUUCCAAACCUGGAACAGUCAGCUGUGAAGAGCUUCAGCCGACUAUUCUCGCUGGACCUCUCAUCGAGGAAUUCGUCCAGGUUUUACCGGCCCCUUCCCAUUUGAAUAGAUAUGGUGCAUGUAUGCAUCUACCCAGCUUCGUAGUUCGUAUCGUCAAUGAAUUUAGAAUGUUGUUAUCAAUCAAUACUCCGUCAGGCAUCUCUCGGGUUCAGGCCUGCUUAGUCACCAGUAAGCGACGAGAAGGAUUCGCACUAUUUGACCGCUCAACCGACAUUGAUCAUUGCUCUCCUUGCGAAUCCUUUUUGAACGAUCAUGGCAGCCGUAGAUACAGCUUUUGACGGGGAAUUCGGGUUUCUGAAGUACCUUGACGAUGCUAAUCAAUGUCAAGACUCGAUAGCCGUCAAGCGCUCAGCCUAUUGGUGCUACUGCGGUCCUCUCCUCAACCCCUCCACCGAUCCGGACUCAUCAAUACCGGAUACUUUCUACGACUUUGAGAGUCAAGUCUUUACAGGCUCUAUUCGCCACAGACUUGUUCCUUUUCUGAGUUAUAUCAAGAGUCUUCUCCUCGCCAAGGGGCUUAAGCAUUAUUUCCUCACUAUUCGCGCCACGACGCCAACUCACGAGUUUGAUCAACCAAGAUGGCAUACCGAUGAACUCUUCUUCACCAAGGACAUACUCCCCGGUACACGCCUAGGUCUUAAAUCACAACAUCAAAAGCAUCAUCGAAACACCGGAACAAACUGGAAGAUCUGCACUACCCUCCUCGGCCCCUCAACGCUCUUCAUACCUGCAUCUCAUCAGCCCCACGCUCGCAAAGCUCAAGAAUGCGCUCGUAACGCAGCAAGUACGGACCACGAAUGUGUUUCAAUUCGUUGUGUUGGCUGUGCAGCUGCAGCAGAUGCUGUACGCGAUGAACUAGCUACUGUACUAAAACCCUUUGGUGCAGAAGCAGCAGAAAUAGGUGAAUGCUCUGUAUUCAAAGUUGGGAGGGAAUUUGGAGCAGUACAUUCUGAGCCGUGUAUGAGUAAGGAGGCCCGUGGUAGAGUUUUUAUCAACGUUGUGCCAGGGAUGGAGGAUGAGCUGAGAGUGUUGAUGGGGAAAUGGGGCAUGAAGUUCCCCAGACAGUGGUGGGUGGGAGGGAGAUGAAUGCGAGACAGCUAAUAAUGUGUAUCUAGCUCAUUUUCGCUUCUUGAUACUCUGUUUGAGAGGUUCGUUUUAUUCGCUGCUGUUGGCAGCCGGAGAUUGUUAGUCUCAUGGUCAACACGUGUCUCGUCCAUUUGAGGCUUCGCAGCAUGGGCUCGGGUAGAACUGCGGGGUAACACAUGCACAUGACAAUUAAAGUUAAAUGGACCAGCCUCCGUGUCUUGGUCUCACAUCGUAAGUUGUUGACUUAAAAAGUCAUGAAUUUGUAUGUCAGACGAUGUCUUGGUACAGAGUUUUACGAUGGCUGGAGAGCUACACAGAGAGCUUGAAGAGACACGGUCAUCUCGUUCGAUUAGAGCCAAGCGAUAGUAAUCACGAGCAUGUGACCAACAGCCUUCUAAUUAGGAGCAUUUCAACUGAAACGUCUCUACAAGCAAAAAGAAAUCCAGUGUCUACUCCAGUUUAGUUAACAAC